AUGCCUUCCCUUACCUCUUAUAUCCUUGCUUCGGCGGGAGCCUCUCUGGUGAAUGCACAGUUUGGCAACUUCGGUUCGCCAUUCCCCAACACUACAUAUCCUGGAUUCGAAAGCGAGAACCCUUACACCAUUGAGGGCUCGAAGAGCUUCCAAUGGAGCCCUCCCAAAUAUCCCAGUCCUUGGGGUGAGGGUUCAGGUGACUGGAAGGAGUCCUACGCNAAAGCUCGUGCCCUUGUUUCACAAUUGACCCUCGAGGAAAAGGUCAACCUUACUAGUGGUGUUGGAACCAGUAAGUUUUGUAUCUAUUCGAUUUCUUGUGUCACACUGACUCUCGUCCANGACCAGGGCAACUGUGUCGGCCAGACCGGAAGUGUGCCUCGCCAUGGAAUCAACGGCCUUUGCCUGCAAGACAGCCCAGUUGGCGUGAGAUUAACAGAUGGCAAUUCUGUAUUCCCAGCGGGCGUAAAUGUUGCUGCUACAUGGGACCGUGGAGUCGCCUACGCCCGUGGACGCGGCAUGGGUCAAGAGCACUACGGCAAGGGUGUUGACAUGCAGCUCGGCCCAGUUGCCGGUCCCCUUGGUCGCGCUCCUGCUGGCGGCAGAAACUGGGAAGGUUUCUCCCCUGACCCUUACCUUACCGGUCUCAUGUUCGCCGAGUCCAUCAAGGGUAUUCAGAGCGCUGGCGUCAUGACCAGCGCUAAGCACUUCAUCGCUUACGAGCAGGAGCACUUCCGUCAAUCGCAGGAGGCCAAGAACUGGGGUUUUAACGUCACUGAGAGUGUCACGGCUAACUUGGACGAUGUUACUCUGCACGAGCUUUACCUUUGGCCAUUUGCCGACGGUAUCAGAGCAGGUGCUACCUCCAUUAUGUGCUCUUACAACCAGGUCAAUGGAUCUCAGUCUUGCCAGAACAGCUACAUCCUCAAUCAUCUCUUGAAGAACGAGCUCGGCUUCCAGGGUUUCGUCGUCAGUGACUGGUACGGUACGCACUCUGGUGUGUCCAGUAUCCUUGCUGGUCUCGAUAUGAGCAUGCCUGGUGACCCUGUGCAAGAAUUUGGCAACCACGGAGGUGCCAUGUUCGGUUCCAACUUGACCAUUGCUGUUGUCAAUGGAACCGUUCCUCAGUGGAGAUUGGACGAUGCUGCUGUCCGUAUCCUCGCCGCUUGGUACUAUGUUGGCCGUGACAAGAAUGAGGUUCCUGUCUCCUUCAACUCUUACUCUCUCGACACCUACGGCUAUUCGCACAAUGCCGUUGGUCAAGGCUACGGUCUGAUCAACCAGCACGUCGAUGUCCGUGCUGACCACAGCAAGCUCAUCCGCGAAAUCGGCUCUGCCUCUACUGUUCUGCUCAAAAACGUCAAUAACGCUCUUCCCCUUACAGGCAAGGAGAAGUUCACUGCCGUCCUCGGUGAGGAUGCUUUCGAGAAUGUGAACGGUCCUAACGGCUUCGCUGACCGUGAUGGCGACUCUGGCACUCUCGGCAUGGCUUGGGGCUCUGGAUCUGCCAACUUCCCCUUCUUGGUCACUCCCGAUACUGCCAUUCAGAACGAAGUUGUUGGCAAGAACAACGGUCUCUACCAAUCUCUCAGCAACAACUCCGACCUUGACCAGGCCUUCUCUUUGGCUAAGCAAGCUGAGGUCGCAAUUGGUAANGUUUCUUAUUCCCUUUUUUCUUUUUUUCUUUGCUUCUUGAUAUGCACACAUGCUUGCAAGAUCUUGCUAACCUUUUGCUUAGUUUUUGCCAACUCCGACUCUGGCGAAGGUUAUCUCGAGGUUGAUAACAACUUCGGUGACCGCAACAACCUUACUUUCUGGCAGGGUGCCGACGAGCUCAUUGCCAAUGUCUCGGCUACUUGCAACAACACUAUUCUCGUUAUUCACUCCGUCGGCCCUGUCCUGAUCGAGGAUUACGCCAACAACCCCAACAUCACCGCUAUCCUCUGGGCUGGUGUUCCUGGCGAACAGUCUGGUAACUCGAUUGCUGAUGUCCUUUACGGCCGCGUCAACCCUGGUGCCAAGCUUCCCUUCACCAUGGCUACCAAGCGUUCCGACUACGGCACCGAUGUUCUUUACACUCCCAACGACAAGAUGCCUCAGACGAACUUCAAGGAGGGUAUCUUCAUUGAUUACAGAGCCUUCGACAAGCAGGAGAUUGAGCCUGUCUACGAGUUCGGCUUCGGUCUUUCGUACACCAAUUUCACCUACAGCGACAUGAAGGUCACCAAGCUGAACACCAGUGCUUACGCUCCCACCACCGGUAUGACCCCUGCUGCUCAGACCUACGGUAACGUCAGCAUGAACGCUGCCGACCACGUCUUCCCCGGCAACUUCUCUCGUGUUCCUCUGUACCUCUACCCCUGGAUCAACUCGACCAACCUCUCUUCCGCUGCUGGCCAGUCUCAGUACGCUCCUUACGGCGACAACAGCUUCGUCCCUGAGGGCGCUAUCGACUCUUCUCCUCAGCCCCGUCUUCCUGCUUCUGGUCCUUCCGGUGGUAACCCCGCUCUCUGGGAUGUCAUCUACCGCGUUACUGCCCAGAUCAAGAACGUUGGAAAGAUCGCUGGUGAUGAGGUUCCUCAACUCUACGUCUCCCUUGGUGGCCCCUACGAUGCUGUCAAGAUGCUCAGAGGUUUCGAGAGAUUGAGCAUCCAGCCCAACCAGACCGUCACCUUCUCGGCCGACAUCAUGAGAAGAGACAUCAUGAACUGGAGCCCCGAGGCUCAGGAUUGGUUUGUCAGCAACUAUACCAAGAACGUGUACGUUGGUAGCAGUUCGAGAAACCUUCCNCUCACUGCUCAGCUCGCUUAA